GAUGAACUAAAAAAGAAAAAAAAACUCUCUCUCGAGACAACAACACAUCAAUGGCGCCUUCUUCCUCGAGCGGCCUGACCUUCAAGCUUCACCCUUUGGUGAUGCUCAACAUCUCAGAUCACUUCACUAGGGUGAAAACUCAGCUCAACCCUCCAGCCUCUUCCUGCGCGACCGGCAAUAACCCCAGCACCGGCGACGCGACGACGCUCACUCAGGAUUUUAGGGUUUAUGGGUGCGUGAUCGGUGCCCAGAAAGGACGGACGGUUGAGAUCUUCAAUAGCUUCGAGCUUUUGUUAGAUCCUACUACUGAUACUCUCGAUAGAUCCUUCUUAGAGAAGAAGCAAGAGCUCUAUCAGAAGGUGUUUCCUAACUACUACAUAUUGGGAUGGUACUCUACUGGAAGCGAUGCUAAUGAAUCUGACAUGAGUAUCCACAAAGCUCUGAUGGACAUUAAUGAAUCUCCUGUUUAUGUCCUUUUGAAUCCUGCUAUCAAUCACGCUCAGAAGGAUCUCCCUGUUACUAUCUAUGAAAGUGAAUUCCAUGUCAUUGAUGGGAUUCCUCAGCCAAUUUUCGUGAAUGCAAGCUACACAAUCGAGACUGUCGAGGCUGAAAGAAUAUCGGUUGAUCAUGUUGCACACCUUAAGCCAUCUGAUGGAGGCUCAGCAGCGACUCAAUUGGCUGCUCAUCUCACUGGCAUACACAGUGCCAUCAAGAUGCUUAAUAGCAGAAUCAGAGUGCUCCAUCAAUACCUUGGCGCAAUGCAGAAAGGUGAUAUUCCUUGCGACAACUCACUUCUGAGGCAAGUAGCUAGUCUGCUCAGAAGUCUGCCUGCCGCACAAUCAGAAAAGUUUGAAGAGGAUUUCUUAAUGGAGUACAACGACAAAUUGCUGAUGUCUUACCUAGCAAUGAUCACAAAUUGUACCAGCAACAUGAACGAGGUGGUUGACAAAUUCAACACUGCAUACGAGAGGAACAGUCGAAGAGGCGGUAGGACUCCAUUCAUGUAGAGAGAUUAGUUUCAGCUUGAGACCCUUUUUUUUGCGGUUCCUUAGAGAAAUCUAGAACUCCUAAGGUAUUUCGCUGUUCGGAAUCUAAGAGCUAAUGACGUUCUUCUUUUAGACUACAAGCUAUGUUUUAGAUUACUUAUAUUUUUAGCACUUGAAUCAUGCCACAAGACUUUGGAAAAAAAAAAACAGCUUUAGCUUCCCUUAACUCUAA